CUUCAUUUGAGCGGGGCUCUCCAGGCAGACAGGGGAAGGACCUCUUGGCUCGUCAAGAGGAAAAUGUACAGGCCAGGACGAGUGUCACCAUAUUCAAGAUUCCUGAACCCGUUUGCAGUCGCACUGGCUGUCAUUGCAGGCGUGGUGAUCCUGGCGGUGGCCACAGGGCUCCUGAUCCACUUCUUAGCUUUCGACAAAAAGACUUACUUUUACCAUAGCAGUUUUCAUAUCCUAAAUGUUAGAUAUACUGAUGCAUUAAGUUCACCAGCGACACAGGAAUACAGGAAUUUAAGUGAAAGAAUCGAGUCUAUGAUUACUCGAGCAUUUGAAGAAUCAGAUCUAAGAAGCCAUUUCCUCAGAGCACAUGUUGUCAAACUGAGGCAAGAGGGUAGUGGUGUGGUCGCAGAUGUUGUCAUGAAAUUUCGAUAUAGUAGACGUAACAAUGGAGCAUCGAUGAAAAGCAGGAUCCAAUCUAUUUUACAACAAAUGCUGAGUAACUCCGGAAACUUGGAAAUAAAUUCUUCAAAUGAGGUAACAUCAAUUACUGGUCAGGAUACAGAAAAUCUCUUCACUCAAGAAUGUGGGGCCCGUGCAGAUCUUCUGACCCUGUCUGAAGAGAGGAUCCUUGGUGGCAUUCUAGUUGACGAGGGAGAGUGGCCUUGGCAAGUCAGUCUGCAGCUCAAUAAUGUCCACCACUGUGGCGGCGUCCUGAUCAGCAACUCAUGGGUCCUGACCGCAGCUCACUGCUUCAGAAGCUACCCUAAUCCUCAACAAUGGACUGCCACCUUUGGUACUUCCACGAUAUAUCCUAGACGGAGAGUGAGAAUAAGGACAAUUUCAGCCCACAGAGAUUACAGACCUUCAACUCGUGAAAACGAUAUCGCAGUCGUACAACUUGAGCGACCUGUCACCUUUAACAGAAAUAUCCACAGGGUGUGUCUCCCAGAGGCUACCCAAAGCAUCACACCUGGUUCCCCUGCUUACGUAACAGGAUGGGGUUCUCUAAUUUAUGGAGGCAAUUCAGUCUCAGACCUACGGCAAGGCCAGGUCAGAAUAAUAAGCACUGAUGUAUGCAAUGCACCGGCUGGUUAUGGGGGAAGUGUACUGCCUGAGAUGCUCUGUGCUGGAGUACCAUCGGGUGCUGUGGAUGCAUGCCAGGGAGAUUCUGGUGGCCCACUAGUCCAAGAAGAUUCCCGGCGACUUUGGUUCGUGGUGGGCAUAGUGAGCUGGGGGUAUCAGUGUGGUGUGCCAAACCAUCCCGGAGUGUAUACCCGAGUGACCUCCUACCGUGACUGGAUUAGGCAGGAAACGGGAGUAUAG